AUGCUGGGAAAUUCUAUCAAGGAUAUCUUUUUAAUGUGUAAUUGGGGCAAAUGGGCGGUACGUGACGUCUUAUCAUUUGGCGCUCUUCAACUUGACGGUGCACAACAUUGUAUGAUUACAACACAUUUUCAAAAAUGGUUUAGUAGUGACGAGACUGGAGCGAAAGUUAUCAUCAUGUUCCAUACGUGCACAAAACAUAAGCAAGAAACCGAAAACUCUCCUUCAACUUCUUCUUCAUUGCGUAGCAUUUUCAUCCUGAGCAGCUUCAUUGAUGACAGACAAUAA